CGUGCAAAGUUGAAGUUUGGCAAUGGAAAUAACCAAACCAAAAAACUGAGUAAUAAACGGCUCAAACUAAUUCGUGUCAUCAAAAUUUUUUCAUUUCCCCACUUAUUUUCCCCCCUUUCUCAACUCUCUCUCUCCUCCUUUGUUUAAUUUCUUGCCCUAAUUAAGAAGAUCUGCGCUUUUUUCUAGGGCUUUCUUGAUCCUAAUUUGCCCUAAUUUCGAUUGUUUUCUCCAAAUGUUCGUUCUAUUCUGUUCAAUUCAACUUCAGCUUAAUUGAGGACAGGAUACCUGCAAUGUGACGAAGAACAACGGUUGAAUUAAGACAUUUUUAAUUCAUUUUCAAUUGUUCAAGGAUGUUUUCGCUUAAUUUGAGUUGAAUCUUGUUUCGAGUUGUGUUUGAAGGGGGCAAAUUGCUGUCUGUUUUGUUCUUUUAGUUGCUGUAAUGGAUAAUACAGGCUCCGUUGAUGUAAUUUUGGAGUUUUUGCAAAAGAAUGGAUUUUCUCGGGCUGAGGCGGCACUGCGCAACGAGUUAGGUAACCGGCCCGAUAAUAAUGGGUUCCAGAAAUUAACCCUUGAAGAGGAAAGGGGUAAGAAGGCAGUAGAAGAGAAUGUGAAGUCGAUACCGGUUCGAAAUCACGAAUCUGGUUCUUGGAAUAGUUGUGAUGUUUCUAAAGAGCUUAUUGUCAAAGAAAUAGAGUGUGGGAGUACUAGUCUUGGUAAGAAGAGUAAGUGGAACUCAAACACAACCAAUGUCGAACAUAGAACUUCUGGUGAAACAGCCCGAGUAAGCGAGAAAAACUUCUCUUUCUCGAAAGAAUCUGAUGACACUGUGCUUGAUUUAUGUACUUGGAGGUAUAGUCAAAACAACGGCGCUGGGGAGCCCUGUAAAAGCAGCAGUAGUAAUGUGAAUUCUGGUGUUCUUGAGUUGCAGAAUAGUGAGUCAUCUAAUGCAGGGAAAGUUGAUUUGCGACCUGAUAAUGAUAGUGCUUUCCCAGAAAAGCGAUUGACCUGGGUUUCUAGCUCUGGUAAAGCGAGUGUGGAUACAAAUUACAAGACUACCCAACCAAGUGAGCUUAAAGAUGUUGACAAACGAAAACGAAAUGACAUUAUGCAGUCUAAAAGCAAUUUUGGAGAUGAAUUGGAUUCCAGAAAUGAAGAGGCUUCGUAUUCCUCAUCAGGUCAAUGGAAUGAAUGUGCAGUGAAGACUGUCCUGUCAUUUUCUAACAUUGAUGUUCCAACCACCAGUGAUAGUGUUGCUGAUUCUGGCACUAAGGAAGGUUUUAGGAAACCAGACAUGGUUGACAUUAGAGCAGCUAUUAAGGAGCAAGUGGAUGAGGUUGGAAGAUCUCUAUAUCUCGCAAAGCUUCAUGGGACGUGUGACAAAAAGGAUCAUGACUAUUCGGGUUUCUCUCUGGUUUCUGAAAGUCAGAAGGAAGAUUACCCAAGGUUGCCUCCUGUUAGACUCAAGUCAGAAGAUAAGCCUCUGAGUGCUAAUUGGGAGGAGAGAUUUGAUAAUGAUGGACCCAGCUUGAAGUUAGGUAGUGCUGAUGCUACUUAUCUUUUAGGUUCGUAUUUGGAUGUUCCCGUUGGCCAAGAGAUAAGCUCAUCAGGUGCGAAAAGAAUGACAGGAGGCAAUUGGCUAUCAGUCAGCCGGGGUAUAACAGAAGAUGCUUCAGAUAUGGUAUCUGGCUUUGCAACAAUCGGUGAUGGAUUAAGUGAAUCUAUUGAUUACGCUAAUGACUACUGGGACUCUGAUGAGUAUGAUGAUGACGACGAUGUUGGAUACAUGAGACAACCUAUUGAGGACGAGGCUUGGUUUUUAGCUCAUGAAAUUGACUACCCUAGCGAUAAUGAAAAAGGAACUGGACAUGGGAGUAUUCCAGAUAAUCAAGAAAGAGCUAUAACCAAAGUGGAGGAAGAUGAUCAGUCUUUUGCUGAGGAGGAUUCUUAUUUUUCCGGUGAGCAAUAUAUUCAUUCAAAAAACUUGGAGCCUAUAUCAGCUUCAGAUGAUCCUAUUGGACUGUCUGUUACAGAGGUGUAUGAGAAAGCUGAUGGUAAUGAUAUAAUUGCUCAUUAUGAUGGGCAGUUAAUGGAUGAAGAGGAACUGAACCUGAUGCGUUCUGAACCUGUAUGGCAAGGCUUCGUGACGCAGUCAGAUGACAUGAUCAUGUUGGGGGAUGGCAAGGUUAUGAAUGAAUUUGGAAAGUCUGUGCUGGAUGAUGGAUGCAUUGAUGAUGACCAGCAUGGUUCUGUUAGAUCAAUUGGUGUGGGAAUCAACAGUGAUGUUGCUGACUUUGGCAGUGAACUACGUGACAGUUUAAUUGGUGGAAGUAGUGAAGGGGACUUUGAGUACUUUCAUGAACAUGAAAUUGGUUUAGGUGCAUCUAAGCAUCCUCAAAUUAGGACAAUCAAGGACAGGAAGGAAGCAUCCAGGCAUGAUUCUGAUAAAUAUUUGCUGGAAGCUGAUAAAGAUACAUGCUUACAACUCAGAAGUCAUUCAGAUGUGGGGUUUUCAUUUGCUCCUCCUGCGAGAGGUGAGCCUGCAGGUUCUAGUAAACCUAUGUGGUCAAGCAACAACAAUAGUGUGGGCGAUGAACAUAAUGAUUGUAUAAGAAACGAUGGUAUGCUUGCAUCAUGGAAACAUAAAAGUAGCGGUUCUUCACCUGCCCGGAGUCCUGAAGAUGAAACUAAUGCUCCUGUUGUAAGAUCAGCAGAAUCAACUCCUUCUACACUCUCAGACUAUGCGUAUGCGUAUGUUGAUAAGGAGCGUGUGAAAAGGGCAGAUGAUGAAAAGACAGCAAGUAUGAGAGAAGAUGAUGUUGGAGCAUGUUUAGAGGAUGAAGAAGCUGCUGCUGUUCAGGAACAAGUAAGGCAGAUAAAGGCCCAGGAAGAGGAAUUUGAGACUUUCAAUUUGAAAAUAGUGCAUAGAAAGAACAGAACUGGCUUUGAAGAGGACAAAAAUUUUCAUGUAGUAUUAAAUUCAGUCAUAGCAGGGCGCUACCAUGUUACUGAGUAUCUAGGAUCAGCUGCAUUCAGUAAAGCUAUUCAAGCACAUGACCUGCACACAGGCAUGGAUGUUUGUGUUAAGAUUAUCAAGAACAAUAAGGAUUUUUUUGACCAGAGUCUUGAUGAGAUAAAGCUUCUCAAGUAUGUAAACAAACAUGAUCCUGCUGACAAGUACCACCUACUUCGGUUGUACGAUUAUUUCUACUACCGUGAACAUUUGUUAAUUGUUUGUGAACUACUCAAGGCAAACUUGUACGAGUUUCACAAGUUUAACAGAGAAUCUGGUGGGGAGGUCUAUUUUACUAUGCCAAGAUUGCAGUCAAUAACAAUUCAAGUUUUGGAGGCUCUUCAGUUCUUGCAUGGCCUUGGAUUAAUACAUUGUGACUUGAAGCCUGAGAAUAUUCUAGUUAAAAGCUAUAGCAGAUGUGAAGUGAAAGUUAUCGAUCUGGGAAGCAGCUGUUUUGAAACAGAUCAUUUAUGCUCAUAUGUUCAGUCGAGGUCAUACCGAGCGCCAGAGGUCAUAUUAGGCUUGCCGUAUGACAAAAAAAUAGACGUAUGGUCUCUCGGUUGCAUCUUGGCAGAACUUUGCACAGGCAAUGUCCUUUUCCAAAACGAUUCUCCAGCAACAUUACUUGUUCGGGUUAUUGGGAUCAUUGGCCCCAUUGACCAAGACAUGCUUGCUAAGGGAAGAGAUACAUACAAAUAUUUUACCAAGAAUCACAUGCUUUAUGAACGAAACCAGGAAACAAGCAGACUGGAAUAUUUGAUUCCGAAGAAGACAUCCUUAAGGCAUCGACUACCAAUGGGAGAUCAAGGCUUCAUAGACUUCGUUGCGCAUUUACUUGAAAUAAACCCAAGAAAGCGUCCAUCUGCAUUUGAUGCAUUGAAGCACCCUUGGCUGUCUUACCCAUAUGAACCAAUAUCGUCUUAGAAUAGUAAAACGGCUGGGUCUAAUGACGAGCAGGUCUUCCACUGAAGUACCUGUGGUAACCUUUUCUGGGCUACAGAGCCUACCAUGAUCCAGUUCUAACUGAUCAUCUUUGAAGGGAUCUAUGAUGCCAUUUUGUCCUUCUGUUUGGCCUGCUCAGUGCUGCAACAGGUGUUUUCGCUUCUGUUUUGUGUUCUUCCCCAACUUACAGGCUCAAGUUGUAUUGUAUCUGAAGCUUUGAUUUGCUACUAAACUUGUGUUCUUAGGCCAAUUAGUUCGCGCUCAUUUUUUCAUUUUUCACUUUCUAUUGACUUUUAUUUAUUUAUUUAUUUUUUUUAUUUUUAUUUUUUCCUGAGGGAUGGGUUUUCUUCUCUUUAUUUUUUCUUUUAUUUUAUUGGGGUGGGGAAGGUAACACUGUAACAGUGGGAGGACUCUUGGAGUUGGGCGGUUGUAAAUGUUGUGAAAUGUGAUUAUCCUUCUAGUUCUAGCAUUAGUCGAUUAUGUUUUUCUUUC